AUGUCCCUCGCAGGCCACGUGCAAAGAUGCGCAGGGCUCCCCGGCGCGCGCGACGGCCGCGGCAGAACGCGCGCCGUCGCGCGGGCGCAGCGCGGCCAGGGGGCGAAGCGGGACGCGCCGCGCGCCGGGCGCCGCGCGACGCUGUUCGGGAUCACGUGCGGGUGCCCUGCGUGCGCGCGGCGGGCCAGGGCGGGGGAGGGAGCGUCCGAGAACGCGGGCUGGUACGACGGCAUUUACGCACGGAUGCUCGACGAGGGGAUGGAGGACUACAACGCGACUGUCGAGCCGCUGAAGCGGAGGCUGUUCGGCGAGCUGUGGGAGGCCAUCGGCUCGCAGCCUCACGUCGUCGAGCUCGGGAUCGGAACGGCGCCGAACCUCAAGUUCUACCCUCCAGGCGCGAGAGUCACCGGCGUCGAGCCGAAGAUCGCGGCGAUGCGACCCUACGCCGAGAGAGCUGCGUCAGAGGCCCAGGUGGACCUCAACGUCGUCCCAGGCGUGGCCGAGGCCAUCCCGCUGCCCGACGGGUGCGCGGACGCCGUCGUCAGCACGCUCGUGCUCUGCUCCGUCGCCGACCAGAGCCGCGCCCUCGCGGAGAUCCGCCGCGUCCUUCGGCCGCCCGUCCUCGACGCCGAUGGCAACACCGCCACGUCCGGCGGGAGCCUGCUCCUCAUCGAGCACGUCUUCGCGUCGCCGGCGCGCCCGCUCCUGCGCUUCCAGCAGCGGCUGUUCGACCCCCUCCAGGCUCUGCUCGCGGACGGGUGCCACCUGACUAGGGACACGGCCGCUGCAGUGCGCGCAGCGGGCGCGUGGUCCGGUGGCGUCGAGCUGCGCGAGCUGGACGUGGACGGCGCGGGGCUGAUCGGACCGCACGUUGCCGGCAUCGCGACGCUGUAG